GCAGCGGAGGCCGGUCCCGGCUUUGUAGCUGGCUCAAGAUGGCGGCGCAGCCACCCAGCGGGAUCCGCCUCAGCGCGCUUUGUCCGAAGUUUUUACACACAAAUUCUACCAGUCACACGUGGCCAUUCAGUGCAGUUGCUGAAUUAAUAGAUAAUGCUUAUGAUCCUGAUGUGAAUGCUAAACAGAUAUGGAUUGACAAAACAGUGAUAAAUGAGCGUAUAUGCUUGACAUUUACUGACAACGGGAAUGGUAUGACUUCAGAUAAAUUACAUAAAAUGCUGAGCUUUGGUUUCAGCGACAAAGUCACCAUGAAUGGUCAUGUGCCAGUUGGAUUGUACGGGAAUGGCUUCAAGUCCGGUUCUAUGCGUUUGGGUAGAGAUGCAAUCGUUUUUACCAAAAACGGAGAAAGCAUGAGCGUCGGCUUCUUGUCUCAGACCUACUUGGAAGCCAUAAAAGCAGAGCAUGUUGUUGUCCCGAUAGUGGCAUUCAACAAAGACCGGCAGAUGAUUAAUUUAACAGAAUCGAAAGCGAGCCUUGCUGCAAUUCUGAAACAUUCUUUGUUUUCUACGGAGCAAAAGUUACUGGCAGAGCUUGAUGCUAUCAUGGGCAAGAAGGGGACAAGGAUCAUCAUUUGGAAUCUGAGAAGCUACAAAAAUGCAACAGAGUUUGAUUUUGACAAGGAUAAAUAUGACAUCCGGAUUCCUGAGGAUUUGGAUGAGGCGACUGGCAAAAAGGGAUACAAGAAGCAGGAGCGAGUGGACCAGAUUGCCCCCGAAAGCGACUAUUCCCUGAGGGCUUACUGCAGUAUCUUGUAUCUGAAGCCAAGGAUGCAGAUCAUCCUUCGCGGGCAGAAAGUGAAGACGCAGCUCGUGUCCAAGAGCCUUGCCUACAUCGAACGGGAUGUUUAUCGGCCCAAAUUUUUAACUAAAACAGUGAGAAUUACUUUUGGAUUCAACUGCAGAAAUAAGGAUCAUUAUGGGAUAAUGAUGUAUCACAGAAACAGACUCAUCAAAGCUUAUGAAAAAGUUGGAUGUCAGUUAAGGGCAAACAACAUGGGUGUUGGAGUAGUUGGAAUUAUAGAAUGUAAUUUCCUUAAGCCAACUCAUAAUAAGCAAGAUUUUGAUUACACCAAUGAAUACAGGCUUACAAUACAAGCACUGGGAGACAAACUGAAUGAUUAUUGGAAUGAAAUGAAAGUGAAGAAAAAUUCAGAAUAUCCUCUAAAUUUGCCAGUUGAAGAUAUACAGAAACGUCCUGAUCAGACAUGGGUUCAGUGUGAUUCCUGUCUAAAGUGGCGAAAAUUACCAGAUGGGAUAGAUCAACUUCCAGAAAAAUGGUAUUGCUCCAAUAACCCUGACCCGCAGUUCAGAAAUUGUGAAGUUCCAGAAGAACCUGAAGAUGAGGAUCUGGUGCAUCCCACCUACGAAAAGACCUACAAAAAGAGCAACAAGGAAAAGUUCAGGAUCAGGCAACCAGAAUUAAUUUCUCGGCAGAUUAAUACUGAACUGCUAUUUCGGACACCCCCCACUUCAAGUCGAAGCUUUUCUCCUGCAAAGGAAAGUGUUCCAAGGGGACAUCUUUCAGAGGCAACAAAUCCUUACACAACACGGCUCAUAAAUAAUCAUCGUGUCUCACCCCUGUCUGACCCGGAGAGCAGCAGCUUGAAACGAAAACUUCCAGUUCGCUCAUCAAUUUUGAAUGUUAAGAGUCGACGAUUGAGUAAUCCAGUAUUUGAAAAUUCAGCUCGUAAAGAUGAUGAUGAUGAAGAUGUCAUCAUUUUAGAAGAAAACAGUACGCCGAAACCUGCAGUGGACCACGAUGUUGAGGUGAAGUCAGAACAGAGCCGUGUGGAAGAAAGGGCUGUGGAAGUGCAUCUCGUGGGUAGCACUGAACCUUGUGGCCUGACCAGUUUGGCCAGCACCUCGGCGUCCAGAUGUGAUCAGGGAACUGCUGCAGCCACUCAGACCGAAGUCCCAAGCUUAGUGGUGAAAAAGGAAGAAAGUGUUGAACAUGAGAUAAGUGUCACCGGUGACGCAGUGGCACUGCCCUCCUGUGCAGAAGCUGAAGCCAGUGGACAGGAGACGCAGGAAGCUUUGGAUAAGCCGCCAGACGACACCGGCUGCCAGUUGCAUGAAUUGAGAAAUGAACUGCUGCUAGUCUCUCAAGAAAAAGAGAAUUACAAAAGUCAGUGUCAAGUGUUUACUGACCAAAUCAAAGUGUUACAACAGAAGAUACUAGAACUGAGUGACAAGUGUGUGAAGAAGGAAACUUGUCAUCAGUCUACUGAAACGGAUGCUGUAUUUUUAGUUGAAAGUAUUAAUGGCAAAUCUGAAAGUCCAGACCAUAUAGUAUCUCAGUAUCAGCAAGCUUUGGAAGAAAUAGAAAGGCUGAAAAAACAGUAUAGUGCUUUGCAACAUGUCAAGACUGAAUGCAGCCACUGUUCCAAUAGUGAGAGUAAAAGUGAAAUGGAUGAAAUGGCUGUGCAGCUUGACGAUGUGUUUAGACAGCUGGACAAAUGCAGUGUUGAGCGAGAUCGCUUUAAAAGUGAGGUUGAAUUAUUGGAAAUGGAAAAGUCACAAAUUCGUUCACAGUGUGAACAACUCAAAGCUGAAAUUGAACAGUUAAAAUCUACAAAUCAACACACGGGAGCAGAUGUUUCAACUUCAAGCAACAUUGAAGAGGCUGUCAAUUACACGGAUGGGGAAAGCCUCAAGCUGCGGUCUCUGCGCGUGAACGUGGGCCAGCUGCUGGCUAUGAUCGUGCCUGACCUCGACCUGCAGCAAGUCAAUUACGACGUCGACGUGGUGGAUGAGAUUCUAGGGCAGGUGGUCGAACAAAUGAGCGAGAUCAGUAGUACUUAAAAGUAUAAUUUACGUGAUGUAAUAAAAGUAUUUCCUGAAUGCUUUUGGUUGUACAGCUUUCAAAAUAUAAAAUGUUGUUUUUUAGCUAUGAUGGGUAACAGACUGAAGACCAUAGUCAUUACUGUAUUCUAUGCACCUGAAUGUGGUCACACACUGUGGACACAUCAUGCUUUCUGAGACUCAAAGAGCUGUUGGUAUGGAGUGGCUGAAUAGCUAAACUCUUGAUUCUGUUUUAAUGUAAAUAUUUGUAAUUAAGUCAGCACAUAUUUUUUUACUGCCCUAAAGUACUUAAUUGUUUUUCACCAAGAGCUUUCCCAGUUGCCUCUAAGCUUUGUGCAAUUUUUCUGGUUCCCCAGAGUGUAUUUUUCUCUGAACUAAGGGCUGUGCCAUAAAUACAAAUGAAAAUGUUAGGUUUGCUUUUCUUACAAAGGAACUUAUGUGGGGUUUUUAAAUAAUAGAACUCCUGAUAAGACUCUGGGUAUACACAAAUGAGCAUUAAUUCAUUUUUUUUCUAUAAAUUCUUAUCUUCUGAAAUCUUUUAUUCAAGAAAAUAAGGUAAGUGAGAAGUGACUCCAUUUUGCCAGGAUUUUUCUUGUGCUCGGAUUGCUAAUCAUGAUUAAACACAAAGUGUUUUUGUAGAACAAAGAAAUGAUCUUUAGUAUAUAAAAAGUAUUGAAAAUAUUAAAUGACUACAAGUUUACUUUGAAGCCCAUUUUUGGCUGUGUAGUCAGCAUGAAGUGGGCAUGAUAAUUAUUAAAUAUUUCUUUUUGUGAAAUUUCCUGUACAGCCUUUUGUAGGAUACCACAGGUUAAAGCGAGUUGAGGAAGACUGUCUUUCUCCAGCAGAACUACAUACCUUUUAUUAUAUUACAGACUGAAGUGUUGUAUUUCCUGGCGUUCAGGAGCAACUGCCUAGGAUGUAGUAUUACAUGCUAUAAAUAUUAUGCUUUAUUGGUUUCCAUGUUUUGUGCAAUUUUAUUGAGUAUAAAAGUGUAUAUAUAAUUAAGAAUUGUAUUUUCCACAGCUAAAAUGUACAUUAUUUUUCCCAAAGUUUUAUUGUUGCUAUUUAUUUUUACUUUUGUUACUGGACAUUCAUAUGUAUCAUUUGUAUGUGUGCUUAAUUAAAUCUCAUCUACAGUUAAAUUUUUAAUGUACAUUAAAAGCAAAUAAAUGAAGAUUGUUUUUAUUUGCUUGAUAAAGUAAUUGAAAGUGUAUUUUUGGUAUGAAGCUGGUUUUCUGUCUCAAUUACAACUUCCCAGAUUUUAAGAUAUCUUGUAAAAAAAAAUAAAAAUAUAUGGUGGCUAA